AUGAGGUUUCUCGAAUUAGGACAGUGGAUAAAUGUUGUGUGUGAGCCGCGCUGUGGUAGGGAAUACGACGACAUCCGACCACCUCAUUUCUCGCACAUUGCUACAAAAAUAUGCUCAGUUCCACAACGGCAGCCUCCAGUGGAGCCAUGGGAUCAGCGCAUUGUCUGUAAUUUGCUCCAGAUAUUUCUUCGCUGUGAUCUGAGUAUCCCAGGAAAUGUAAAGCGCGUUCAAGUUGGCAAUGAAAAGUAUUUCUUGCUGAACUGUGUGCACAAAAUACCGAUGAUGGCACCAGCGAGGCGAUUGGAAGGACUUAUCGACGCGAAACUGACUUCAAACAAACAGAUUAGCAUGUGGGCCACACGAAAGAAACGUAUCAACGACUGCGAUAUGUUCCUCAUAGAUUCCGAAGAUAUUGUGGAGAUCGACCAGGAAGCGACCGUCGAAUAA